AUCGACCCCAGCUCAUGUCAACAGCACAUGGCUAUUACCACAGUCCAUGCCGCAGCAUUCUUUUUGCUGCUAAAUCGCCUCCAACGACACAAACCCACGUAAAAACUGUUUCUAUUGGUCACAUGUACACAUGGUGUCACGUUCAGCUACGUGUGCACGAGGCCUAGCGCUACAUCAUAGCGACCCCCCCGCAUUUGUGCGAUGCAACGCGGCAAAGUCGAGGGCAACUGACGUGCUCUUGUGCACACAAUCCGACAGCCCCACGCCGUAAAAGCUGUUGCCGACCACAGUAAGCGACGCGUGAAACGCUUCGGCGAGGUCUGCCUCCAACGACGCCACGUCGGCGUGAUACCCCACGGGGUACUGGGGGAUUGCGUGUUCGUACCAUGUGCUUUCGACGUGGACGGGGGCGUCCGUCACGCCCAAAUGGCGCUGGACGGUCUCGAGGGCCAGCGCCUCCCGCUUCGCCCUCGGCAUCGCCGCCACCGCGGGAUGGUUUUCCCCCCCGACGAACACACUCAGUCGGGUGAUGUUAUUGGUCUGGUCAAAGUUUUGCUGGGGAAACGAACACGAGUCGUAGAUGACCCCCAGGAUGCCCUGGUUUUCGCACGUGGGCACGAGGUAGCCAAAGCCGGGGUGUUGAAUCAAGUUCCGAUGGAAACCGAGGGUGACGACCCCCAACGACGUGAACGGGAGCCGGGACAGCGCCGCGGCCGCCGACGGGGCGACGGACUGCACCAAUGGCGCCAACCGAGGCGCGGGAAGGGCGGAAAAUACGUGGUCGGCCACGAUCGUCUCGGCGGCGGACGCUCCUGCGUCGCGAACGCGGACAACAACCCCGCUGCCAUGCUGGGUAGUCCCUGCCGAGGACGGAGAAAGGGAUUCCACGGUCGUGUUGAAGCGAAUGUCCGUGUGUGGCGUGGCCUAUGGAAGACAAUCGCAAUGAAACGAUCAGACGCCAACAUGGACUAGAUGUGGCAUCGGCGCGCAGCACCUCGAUGUGAGCCGCGAGGGCGUCGGUGAAGGUUUGCAUGCCGUGGGUGAAACUCAUACUCAUGGCUUUACUGCCGGUUUUUACAAAGGAAGAGUGUGCGGUGCCGUCGAGAAGUGUGGUGGACUUGGGGGGGCUGCCGAAGAGCAUCGCGCGGACGAUCGAGCCGUGAGAUUGUUCCAUGUCCCACAGCAGUCCAAAGCACGACCGCAUCGACAGAUGUCGGAUGUUGCCGCCAAAGAUGCCCGAUACCAUCGGAUCCAGCAACCUGUUGGCCACCACGGGGGAAAAGCGUCUUGAAAUAAAGUCAUAGAUGGAUUCGUCCGACGCCUGCUUGCACGUGAGAUGGAAACAUGCGAUGGUCAUGUAUGCUGAGUAUGGGAACACACCGUAGUCUUGGGCACUACGAGUUCACGCAAAACGGCUUGAAGUACGUCCCAUGCCAACGGCCACUGCAGGAACUCGAGGAUAGUCGAAGGCGCUUUCUAAUGCAUGAUGAGAUAGAUCGCCGACGGAGGAUCGUCAACGCACCUGGAUUUUCCCGUGGGUGAAGAUAUACCGACUGUUGCCCGAGGACGGGAUGCAUUGGUCUUGCAGCCCUAGUUCUUCGACCAAACGCAGCAUUUCAGCACCAUUGCGGCUUGGACGGAACCCGCGCGGCCCCGCUUCAAACAGAAACGGAGGGGUGUGCUUCGUCUUGAUCCAUCCUCCGACGCGACUGCUCGAUUCUAUGAGCUCGAUGCGUACAGCCGCAGGUAGGUGCUUACGUAGCUGGUGCACCAAGGACAACCCAGAGAUGCCACCGCCCAAGACCACGACAUGCUUCAUGGUGUCGACGACAGAGCGCAGAUGUGCAAAUGUGGGCUGUCACUUGUGAAUGCGAUGAAAACAUGCACCUUGUAUCCGGAUGCUUCGGAUAACUCAUGCUAUUCGGAUACGAGUUUAUUAUCCGGACAGGUCAAUCGAGUGAUCGAGUCGACAGAAUCAACUGAGGACACAUGACAGACUAUGCAGAAGAACAGACGAUGGAAGUCGAGGCCCUUGAGUCCAUCUACAUGGACGACUUCGCCAAGGUCCAGGACUCCCCGCUGUCGAUGAAGGUGAAGCUCAUCCCCGACCAAAACGGCGGCGUCAAUCAUGUCGCGCUGAGCCUGGUGUUCACGAUGCCAGCGAAAUACCCCGACGCGCUGCCGUUGGUGGAUAUCAAACUCGAGAAGGGUUUGAGCGAGCCACAGGAACGCGACAUCCGUGAGCUGUUGAACCAACAGAUGGAGGAAAACACUGGCAUGGCCAUGGUGUACACCGUGUGCGAAGCCGUCCGCGAGUACUUGAUUGAAAACAACCGAGAAGGCAACGACGGGUCAGAGUACCAAGAAAUGCUCCGGCGUCAGGAACAUCGCCACAAGACGGACACGAUUGCCGCCGAAGCCGCCCAGGCCAUUUUGGACAAAGAGAACGAAGGCAAAGGGCCGGCCAAGUCGACCACGGGCACCCCCGUCACGGUGGCGUCGUUUAACGCGUGGAAAGCAGCGUUUGAUCUGGAAAUGGCGACAAAGACCGGUGUCAAAAUCGCUGUGGGCGCCGAAAAGAGACUCACGGGUCGACAGUUGUGGACCACGGGCGCUGCCAAGGAAGCCACGGACGCCGACGACAGUGAGAUUCAAAGCCUCGACGGCAGCGCCUUUGUCGGCGACGAUAAUGAUGACGAUGACGAAGACUAUGUGGACAACGAUGACGACGAGGACGACGAAUAGGACAUCCAACGUGUCGUGGCCAGCGGAUUGUAGACAGCGAUAUAACCCUUCAAAUAUACACUAAAAGGAGCAAUGCAG